CUUCCGACUACAGCCCAUUUUAAACAUUCCAUGUACGAACCGAACCGAAGCUAAGCUCAACCUCCACCAUCCCGAUCUGACCUGCCAUCUUUGAUCGCCGAGCGCCAAUUGCAAAGAUGUCGGGAAAGUAUGCUUUUACGAAGGCCCUGAAGGAGGUUCGAUUCCUGUUCUGCCAUACCGGAGAGGGUAGUGCCGCGACAAGGACAUUCUUGAAUAGAGCAUACCCCACGAUGAAGAAGAACAACCCAUUCACACCCAUCCUCAUCCGAGAAGCUUCCGGCACCCUACCCAGGGUCUACGCGAGAUAUGAGUUUGGAAAGGAGAAGAGCCAGUCGUUAGAAGGACUCACAGAUAAGCAAAUCGAGGAGACGGUCGCACAGUUAGUCAAGAGCGAGACUACGUAAACACUUCACUUAUAGCUGGAGUUAUGAGAAAAAAAAAGUAGCCAUUCGUAUUGCCGUGUUACUAUAAUGAGAACAAGACCCUGCCGAAUAUAGAAACUCCCUGUGCAUUUGCUAU